AUGAAAUCAUUAAUGUUAUAGAAAGGGUUAAUUGGAGUGGUUGCUAUAGGAUUUAGUUAUGGAGUUUACAGAAUAUUUAGAGGGCUUACAAAAGCAGAACUUCGUGAGAGUAUGAAAAAAUAGAUUAUACAAUGUUACGAUGCAAGUUAGAAUCAAGGAUUUGUAGAACCUUUUGAUAUUUUACAAACUUUUUCAAAAAAUGAACAAGGAAUAGAGUUUCACAUAAAAUUAGUAAAAUCUCUAGCCAAGAAGCCAGUUGGCCAUUAAUAAAAUAUUAAUCCAUUAAUAGAGCCUUUCCAACCAGGACAGUUAGUAAUGCGAUUACAAAACUACAAUAUUUUAUUGAAUAAAUACCCUGUUAAUCCUUAUCAUGCAUUAUUAGUGCCAUCAUAAUUUAUUCAUCAAACUGAAAAAUUCAGCAAGGAAUACUUAAGUUUGGCUUAUGAUUUGCUAAAUGCAGUCGAGGGAUUUGCAUUUUUUAAUUCCCAUCCAGAGGCUGGAGCUUCUUUAGAUCAUAAGCAUUUUUAAAUUGUACCUAAAUCAGCAUACUAAAGUGCAAAUAUUUUGAAUCACAUUAAGGAAUGGUGGUUCGAGAAGAGUGUGAGAUAGCCUAACAAAUUCACAAAGCUCAGGUGUUUAAAAAAAACCAAGCAUUUCAUUUGUUUCUUCAACUAAGAUUUAUUGUAAAGUCCAAAUUGCGAUGAGCGCCAGUAAUAGAAUCUACUUAAUGAGACUUACGAAAAGCUAUUAAAUAAAUGUCAAGUAGAGGAUAUUAGGGAGUUAAAACACAAUUUAAUAAUGACUUAAGAGUUUAUGAUGAUUGUAGUUAGAAAGCAAGCAGCAUUUAAUGGAGUAGCAAUGAAUGCAGUAGGAUUCACAGGAUCUUUAUUAGCUAAAAAUGAGUAGGAAUGCGAGAAAUUAAAGCAAACUAGAAUAAUUGAGAUUUUAGAAAAUCUCGCAUAAGCUGAUGAAUCUUUUUAUUCUGAUGUAGAUGAAUGUUGA